CCUUAUGCUGGACAUACAAUUAGACAAGGGACAACCAAGUUUGACAAGAUCUGGGACAAACAGACAAAGAACAGGUCAAGCCCCUACAGUCCAUUUAGGGACACAGAUGAAUGGGAACUGGCUUGCUGGCUAUUCGAGAACUGCACGCAGAGUGCAGCUGAUGAGUUCCUCAAGAUGAAGAUUAUAUCUACUCGCACAAAACCAUCAUUCACCAGCUCCUAUACCCUUAUGAACGCAAUUGACAAGCUCCCAACACGAUCUCAAUGGACAUGUCAGCAUAUCCUUGUCAACAGAAGUGGUGGCAUCAUGGCUCAAGAUGCAGACACACCUGCUCACCAGGAUGAGGAGAACCUUGAGCUGUGGGUGCGCAAUCCUGUUAAUGCAGUUGAAGAGCUCCUUGGGAACCCACACUUCCUUGAGCACUUAGCAUAUGCACCUGAGCGCAUCUAUAGCGAUGGAGAGAGGUUGUUGAGGCAGAUUGAUGAGAUGUGGACUGCCGACUGGUGGUGGGAAACACAGGUGAGCUAUUUUACGUUGGAAUGGUUGUUGGAAUUCAAGUUGCUGGAGCUUGCCAACACAGUACAAGCACAGUUUGUCCCGGGCAGGAGAGUAGCCCAAAGGGCAAUUGCGUAA